AUGCACCAACUCGCCAGCCUGCGGGCGGCCUUCCGGCGCUAUGCCACGGGCGCCAGCCGGUCUCGUCUUGACGGCACUCUGAGUCUCGAGCAUUUCCUGCAGCGCUCCCGGGUGCUGGCUCUCUACCGGCGGAUCGUCCGGGGCACACACCACAUCGGCGACCCGACAUUGCGGGCGGAGACACACCGAUAUGCCCGAGGCGAAUUUGAGCGGAACCGAGACGUGACCGAUCUUGCGCACAUCCGCUACCUCGUCUCGACCGGAAAGACGGAGUGGGAGGCAAUGGAGAGGUAUAUUGGUCGUCCAUAG